ACAAUAAGAUAACGAUCAACGAGACUAGACUACGUAUCGAUAGUAAACAUUAUGGCGACGGGAAGUUUCCUGUUUAAAAAUCAUAGAUUUGCCCAAGGCGUUUGACAAAGAAUGCAAUCCUAAAUAAAAUGCAAAGUAAAAUUUGGAAACACGUUAACAGAUUUGAAACUAAGAUGAACAUGAUACAAAUGUCCACACAAGCUUAUUACAUUACAAUUAUUCGAAUAAAAUCUGAGAUCGAAAAUAAGGCCAACGAAAGACAAUAAUAAUAAUAGAGUUUUUAAUAUUAAAAUUAUUAACUCACUGUCACUGUGAAAAAGUGUGUUAAUCAUGCAUUAACAUGAUUUGAUUAACAGUUACCUUCAAACUUAAAACAUCUAUUCGUGCAUCUGUUUGUGUAGCACUUUUAAAAGUAAUUUUCAACUAUUUUUAGCUCCAGUCCUGCGGUUUUAAAAAUGAUGCUUGUUGGGAGAUACAGGCCAAUUCUGCUUCUACAGUACUUACUUUUAAUCAUUGACAUUUUUAUGAAUUCUUUUACAGAGUUACUACGAUUUCAAAAUGUAAUCCUUCUUGUUUUAUAUGUGAUUCAAGAUUUUUGUCUCAUCUUUGCCGUCAUCAUCAUAUUUUUACUGUUUUUCUCCACCUUCAUAUUUCAAGCUGGGCUGGUGAACAUCCUGGUGUCAAAGUUCAAAGUUCCUAUCAUUGUGACGUUUAUUUAUUUUGCUCUGUGUGUGGCGCUACAUGUCUGGACUAUGAAUCUUCGCUGGAGUAAAGUGAAUUAUUAUAUCUGGGAUAACAGUGGAUAUCAUGUUUUGUUUGCUUUUCAAAGGAUAGCCGCUGUGUUUUAUUAUUACUUUUACAAAAGGUCAGCCUUGAAGCUGGGAGAACCAAAUUUUUACGAAGAUUCUGAUUGGAUACACAGAGAGUUUGAAAGGCGUAGAUAAUGAUCCGCUACAUUCCUAGUGCUGUGUCAUUGUGCAGGUUCAAAACUGCCAGUGUGUCUUAAGAUUAAUGUGUAUUUAUGUGUACCAACAAUUUGUAUGUGUCUCAAAAGACAAUGUAUUUACUGGUCAGGGCAGAAUUUUUUUUUUGUAUACUUGGCGGCAUUUCCUAGAGAGGUGGACUUGACUACUUUUGCUGCAUAAAAAUAUCACUUUCUUGAGUCAUACAAUGAUGCUGUUUUCUUUCACUUUCUCCUGUCUAAGGCUGCCUCCAUCCUGUUGCGCUCUGUCCCCAUGCUCUAUGCUUGUUAAUUUCCUUCCACCCAUUUUCAACAUCUUCAGUUAUCAGGUCCUUCUUACAGAAAAUUCAGUAUACUAUAUCCCUUAUCUGAUAAUGGAUGUAUUUUGUAAAAAAAACUAUGUAUAUUAUAUAUAUAUGAUAUAUAUAUA